AAGAGAUCUAUAAUACGAAAAUAUCUCGAUAGGCGAUCGGUUGCGUCAUUGGCUCUAUCGCUAUCGAUGUGAGGCCAUAAAAUUGUCAGGGUCUCAGAUCGUGAAAUCUAUAUAAUAUAAUCUGUAUCCCUCGAGCUUCAGAGAACCUAAUCGACCAACAAGUAAGUUACGACCUCGAAUAGCAACAGAGACAAAACUACCACUUCCACACCCAUCGACAUCAACACAUCACUGAGCUCAACGAUAAACACCGUCGUCGCCAUGGCGCCCAAGCUCGUCCCCAGCAACCCCUCGGCGGUAAUGGUCAUCCGCGACAUCACCCCCAACAUCACCACCCUCUCCGUCCCCUUCGCGCGCUUCGGUCUCUUCCGCGUCGGCGGCCGCGGCACAGUCGUCCGCCUCACCUCCGGCGCCCUCUCCGUCUUCUCCCCCAUAGCCCUCACCCCCGAAGUGCGCGCCAAGCUCCAAGAAAAAGGAGACAACCUCAAAUACAUCAUCGCCCCCGACAUCGAGCACCACAUCUUCGUCAGCGAAUGGGCGCGCGCCUACCCCUCCGCGCAAGUAAUCGGCGUCGAAGGGCUGGCCGAGAAGCGCGCCGCUGCCGCUAAAGACCCCAAGAGUCCCAGCCACGGCGCGCAGGUCCCGUUCGCGACGGUGUUUACCGAGAAGCUGAAGGGGCAGGUGAGGGUGUCGGAGGAGUUUGAUCGGGACUUCGAGUACGAGUAUGUGCCGGAGCAUAUGAAUAAAGAGCUGGUGUUCUGCUAUAAGCCUGAUCGUACGUUGAUCGUGGCGGAUUACUUGUUUAAUUUACCUGCGACAGAGCAGUAUUCGCGGACGGGGGAGCCGGCGGAUAAUGGGAUCAUGACAAGGUUGUUUGGGGCGUUGACGGGGACGCAGGGGAAGGCGUUGGGGCAGAAGAGAUUCUUGUGGCAUGCGGCGAGUGCGGCGAAUCGGGAGGGGUUUGGGGAGAGCGCGAGGAGGAUUGGGGGGUGGGAUUUUGAGAGGAUCAUUCCGUGUCAUGGGGAUGUGGUGGAGGUGGGGGGGAAGGAGGUGUUUAGGAAGAUGUAUGGGUGGCAUUUGGAGGGGGGGAGGAAGUAGAGUGGGGGUUGCGGGGGGUGGGUUGGAGUCUGGGGCUUGUGUGUAUAUUAUUAUGAGGCUGUACUUGUUGAUUAUGAGCUGUUGAUCAUGAACUGUUAAUCAUGAACUCUUUGGUUUUUAAGGAAAUGGCUCAAGUGGGCCUUCUGGUUGUCUUCUAGUUUAAUAUGCAUAUGCUUCUAGCUCCUGACCACCCGCAAGGCUACAGUAGUUGAGAAAUGUCGUUAUCAUAUUGGGCGUAUAUAGGAUUCCCGCCCCA